UCGACGUCAAAGCAUCUGUCAAUUUGACAAACUAACGUUGAAUCUUUCGAAAUUCUCCUGCCAAUUUUCCCUUUUUUUUAUAUUUAUCAUGUCUAGUUUGACGAAAAACUUUCGUUGGAUACCGAAGAUUCUUCAGGGUCAACAUGAGACUUUAUUGAAGACGCAAUGUCGAUUGAAACACCAAAUUCCGGAACGCCUGAAGACCAUACCGGAACAAGAUAAUCCAAAAUUUUCCGAGAUGGUACAAUAUUUCUUCCAUCAAGCCUGUAUCGUUUGCGAAGACAGGCUCGUUGACGACUUGGGCAAGAUACGCGGAAGCAAAGAUACUUUGGAAGAAAGACAACGAAAAGUGACAGCGAUUUUUAAACAAAUUGAAGCGUGCGAUGCUAUGGUAGAAGUAGCAUUUCCUAUCAGCAGAGACAAUGGAGAAUAUGAAAUUAUUCAGGGAUACCGAGCUCAACAUAGCCAACAUAAAUUACCAACAAAAGGUGGUUUGCGAUAUGCGAUGAACGUAAGUGCUGAUGAAGUGAGAGCUCUUUCGGCCAUAAUGACUUUCAAGUGUGCCGCAGCUGCUGUGCCAUAUGGCGGUGCCAAAUCAGGAAUCAAAAUUGAUCCUAGAAAAUACUCGUUGAGGGAAUUGGAAAAAAUUACCCGGAUGUUUGCCUUGGAACUUAUUAAAAAAGGCUUUUUAGGUCCAGGAUGUGAUGUUCCUGCACCAGACAUGGGUACUUCGGGAAGAGAAAUGGCAUGGAUAGUGGACACUUACUCAAAAACUCUCGGACAUAGGGACUUGAAUGCUGCUGCAACUGUUACAGGAAAACCGAUAAAUGCAGGCGGAAUUCACGGUCGAGAAUCUGCAACAGGACGUGGAUUAUUUCAUGCUGUAGAACACUGGGUGAACAACGAAUGUUAUAUGGAUUUUUUGGAGAUGAAAUUGGGAAUGAAAGACAAAACUUACAUAUUACAAGGCUAUGGAAAUGUCGGUUCUCACACUCACCGGUACUUCCAUAGAGCCGGUGCCAAAUGUGUCGGCAUUAUGGAAAUCGAUGGUACGAUUGUCGACGAGAAAGGAAUCGAUCCUGCUAAGCUCGAAGCUUACAAAUUAGGCCCAGGAAAAGGCAGUAUCAUGGGAUUCCCUGAUGCAAAGAAAUUCGACGGUGACGUGUUCGGGCAACCAUGCGACAUUUUGAUCGCAGCAGCCAAGGAGAAGGUGAUAUCCAAAGAAAACUGCGGUCAAAUCAAGGCAAAGAUUGUCGUCGAAGGCGCCAACGGCCCAGUCACUCCAGCAGCUCAGAAACUUUUGCAAGAGAGAAAAGUUAUCAUAAUUCCCGAUAUUUUGGCCAACUCAGGAGGUGUCACUGUUUCCUACUUUGAGUGGCUGAAAAACUUGAACCACGUAUCUUACGGCAAACUGUCGUUCAAAUAUGAAAGAGACUCCAAUUAUCAUUUGUUGGCGUCAGUACAAGAAUCCUUGGAGAAAGCUCUUGGCAAAGAGAUCCCUAUAAGACCGUCAUUGGAUUUCCAAAAAAGAAUUGCCGGUGCUUCUGAAAAGGACAUCGUCCACUCGGGCCUCUCUUUUACAAUAGAGCGCACUGCUAAAGCCAUUCAACUCACCGCCGCUGAGUUGGAUUUGGGCAUAAACUUUCGACUUGCAGCGUACGUUAAUGCGCUCGUAAAGGUGUUCCACACUUAUGCCACUUCAGGAUUUGCUCAUUAACCAAUUUGUAUUUUUUGCGGCUGUCAAAAUAAUUUGUGAAUAAAUUUUUGUGAACCUGA